UGCUGGGCCGGCGACACGAGCGUGCGGCGAGCGGGAGUGGAGUUGCGGUCCCGAAGAUGUGGAGACCUUCCCAGCUCUGCCGCUUCCACUUGGCCCUGCUGCAGGGCAGGCCGAAGCCCUGGCCAUCCCCCACUGCCUUCUUCAGGAGAAACCUCGGGGCACCGCCUGCAAGGUGGCCCUCGAGACCGCAGCCCCUGUGGAAGAAGGCACUCUCCGCCACGGUGCUGGGGGUGCCCCUGCUCCUCGGGGCGAGGUACCUCACGGCUGAGCCACAGGAGAGGAGGCGGAUGCGGCUCGUGGGGGACGGCAUCGGGCGCUUCAGCAGGUCUUUGAGGGUCGGCCUGCAGAUCUCCCUGGACUACUGGUGGUGCACAAAUGUCGUCCUGCGAGGGGUGGAGGAGAACAGCCCGGGGUACUUGGAGGUGAUGUCUGCAUGUCACCAGCGGGCGGCCGACGCCCUGGUGGCUGGGGCCAUCAGCAACGGGGGCCUCUACGUGAAGCUGGGCCAGGGGCUGUGCUCCUUCAACCACCUGCUGCCCCCCGAGUACAUCAAGACACUGCGGGUGCUGGAGGACAGGGCUCUCACGCAGGGCUUCCGGGAGGUGGACGAGCUGUUCCUCGAAGACUUCCGGGCCCCGCCCCACGAGCUCUUCCAGGAGUUUGACUACCAGCCCAUCGCGGCGGCGAGCCUGGCCCAGGUGCACCGCGCCAGGCUGCACGACGGCACCGUGGUGGCCGUGAAGGUGCAGUACAUCGACCUGCGGGACCGCUUCGAGGGCGACAUCUACACCCUGGAGCUCCUGCUGCAGCUCGUUGAGCUCAUGCACCCCAGCUUCGGCUUCAGCUGGGUCCUCCAGGACCUGAAGGGGACCCUGGCCCAGGAGCUGGACUUUGAGAAUGAGGGCCGCAAUGCCGAGCGCUGUGCACGGGAGCUGCAGCACUUCCGCUAUGUCGUGGUGCCACGCGUACACUGGGACGUGUCCAGCAAGCGCGUGCUGACGGCGGAAUUCUGUGAGGGCUGCAAGGUCAACGACGUGGAGGCCAUCAAGACCAUGGGGCUGGCGGUGCGGGAUAUAGCGGAGAAACUGAUCAAGGCCUUUGCCGAGCAGAUAUUUUACACAGGCUUCGUCCACUCUGACCCCCACCCUGGCAAUGUUCUGGUGCGGAAAGGCCCCGAUGGGAAGGGACAGCUGGUGCUGCUGGACCAUGGGCUGUACCAGUUCCUGGACGAGAAGGACCGGUCAGCCCUGUGCCAGCUGUGGCGGGCCAUCAUUCUGAGGGACGAGGCUGCCAUGAAGGCGCACGCAGCUGAGCUCGGGGUGCAAGACUACUUCCUGUUCUCCGAGGUGCUCAUGCAGCGGCCUGUGCGCCUGGGGCAGCUGUGGCGCUCACGCCUGCUGAGCCGUGAGGAGGCGGCCUACAUGCAGGACAUGGCGCGGGAGCACUUCGAGGCGGUCAUGGCCGUGCUCAAGGCCCUGCCGCGGUCCAUGCUGCUUGUGCUGCGCAACCUCAACACCGUGCGCGCCGUCAACACCGCCCUGGGCGCCCCAGUGGACCGCUACUUCCUCAUGGCCAAGAGCGCAGUCCGGGGCUGGAGCCGCCUGGCGGGCACCACGUGCCAGAACGUCUAUGGCGCCAGCCUCUUGCGCCACAUCAGGGUCAUCUGGGAGUCGUUCAAGUUUGAAGUGGCCCUGAGGCUGGAGACCCUGUCGAUGCGGAUCACCGCCCUCCUGGUCCGAGUCCUGGUCCACCUGGGCCUCGUGCCCAAGACCAAGGGGCUGUACGAGUUCCUGGAGACCUAGGGACCCCCCGCACGAGGAUCACAGAGCUCGCGCCACCGCAGGCUGAGGGGCCGGCCAGGGCCAAAGCACAGAUGCCUAAGACAGACCUGGGGGCACUGGAGUGACUGUGGCCUGGAGUUGGGCCUGCAAUGACCACACGCUCUUCUCAAAUCACACAAA